AUGGUCUCUCUUUUUAACCAGUUCAAGGAUGAUGAGGUGGUCCUGCAGUGUACUGCAACUGUCCACAAAGAACAACAGAAACUGUGCCUGGCAGCAGAAGGAUUUGGCAACAGACUUUGUUUCUUGGAAUCUACUUCCAAUUCCAAGAAUGUCCCCCCAGACCUGUCCAUCUGCACCUUCGUGCUGGAGCAGUCCCUGUCAGUGCGGGCCCUGCAGGAGAUGCUGGCCAACACGGUGGAGAAAUCGGAAGGGCAAGUUGAUGUGGAAAAAUGGAAAUUCAUGAUGAAGACUGCCCAAGGUGGUGGCCAUCGGACUCUCCUCUACGGACAUGCCAUUCUGCUGCGCCACUCCUACAGCGGCAUGUAUCUGUGCUGUCUGUCCACCUCCCGGUCUUCAACUGAUAAGCUGGCUUUUGAUGUGGGUUUGCAAGAGGACAGCACAGGUGAGGCUUGUUGGUGGACUAUACAUCCUGCCUCUAAGCAACGAUCUGAAGGAGAGAAAGUACGGGUUGGCGAUGACCUCAUCUUGGUUAGCGUGUCCUCUGAAAGGUACUUGCACUUGUCCUACGGCAAUGGCAGUUUGCAUGUGGACGCAGCCUUCCAGCAGACUCUUUGGAGCGUGGCCCCUAUCAGCUCAGGAAGUGAAGCAGCCCAAGGGUAUCUGAUUGGUGGCGAUGUCCUGAGGUUGCUGCAUGGGCACAUGGAUGAGUGUCUCACCGUCCCUUCGGGAGAACACGGCGAAGAGCAGCGGAGCAGAACUGUUCAUUAUGAAGGUGGUGCCGUGUCUGUCCACGCGCGUUCCCUGUGGAGACUAGAAACACUUCGAGUUGCGUGGAGUGGGAGCCACAUACGGUGGGGGCAGCCAUUCAGACUACGCCACGUCACAACCGGAAAAUACCUAAGUCUCCUGGAAGACAAAAACCUUUUACUCAUGGACAAAGAAAAGGCUGAUGUAAAAUCAACAGCAUUUACCUUCCGGUCUUCCAAGGAAAAACUGGAUGUAGGAGUGAGAAAAGAAGUUGAUGGUAUGGGGACAUCUGAAAUAAAGUACGGUGACUCUGUGUGUUACAUACAGCACGUGGAUACAGGCCUGUGGCUUACGUACCAGUCUGUAGAUGUGAAAUCCGUGAGAAUGGGUUCUAUACAACGUAAGGCCAUUAUGCACCAUGAAGGCCACAUGGAUGAUGGCUUAAAUUUAUCUAGGUCUCAGCAUGAAGAAUCACGCACAGCCCGAGUCAUCCGGAGUACAGUCUUCCUUUUCAAUAGAUUUAUAAGGGGCCUGGAUGCUCUCAGCAAGAAAGUGAAGGUGCCCGCGGUGGAGCUGCCCAUAGAGUCGGUGAGCCUGAGUCUGCAGGACCUCAUAGGCUACUUCCACCCCCCUGACGAGCACCUGGAGCAUGAGGACAAGCAGAACAGGCUGCGAGCCCUGAAGAACCGGCAGAACCUCUUCCAGGAAGAGGGAAUGAUCAACCUCGUGCUGGAAUGCAUCGACCGGCUGCACGUCUACAGCAGCGCGGCCCACUUUGCUGACGUCGCUGGCCGAGAAGCAGGGGAGGCUUGGAAAUCCAUUCUGAAUUCUCUCUAUGAGUUGCUGGCGGCUCUAAUUAGAGGAAAUCGUAAAAAUUGUGCUCAAUUUUCUGGCUCUCUCGACUGGCUGAUCAGCAGAUUGGAAAGACUAGAAGCUUCCUCUGGAAUUCUGGAAGUUCUACACUGUGUGCUGGUGGAGAGUCCAGAAGCUCUGAAUAUUAUUAAAGAAGGGCAUAUUAAAUCCAUUAUCUCACUCUUAGACAAGCAUGGGAGAAACCACAAAGUUCUGGAUGUCUUGUGUUCCCUGUGUGUUUGCCAUGGGGUUGCUGUCAGGUCUAACCAGCAUCUCAUCUGUGACAAUCUCCUGCCGGGACGAGAUCUUUUAUUGCAGACCCGUCUUGUGAACCAAGUCAGCAGCAUGAGGCCCAAUAUUUUUCUGGGCGUCAGUGAAGGGUCUGCUCAGUAUAAGAAAUGGUACUAUGAGCUCAUGGUGGACCACACUCAGCCGUUUGUGACAGCAGAAGCCACUCACCUGCGAGUGGGCUGGGCUUCCACGGAAGGCUACUCGCCCUACCCUGGGGGCGGUGAGGAAUGGGGCGGCAAUGGUGUUGGCGACGACCUCUUCUCCUAUGGAUUUGAUGGCCUGCAUCUCUGGUCAGGUUGUAUUGCCCGUACUGUAAGCUCGCCAAACCAGCAUCUGUUGAAAACUGAUGAUGUCAUCAGUUGCUGCUUAGAUCUGAGUGCCCCAAGCAUCUCCUUCCGAAUCAAUGGACAGCCUGUUCAAGGAAUGUUUGAGAAUUUCAACAUCGACGGCCUCUUCUUUCCAGUUGUUAGUUUCUCUGCAGGAAUAAAGGUUCGCUUCUUGCUUGGAGGGAGACAUGGGGAAUUCAAAUUCCUUCCUCCACCUGGAUAUGCUCCUUGCUAUGAAGCUGUUCUGCCCAAAGAAAAGUUGAAAGUGGAACAUAGUCGGGAAUAUAAGCAAGAACGAACAUAUACGCGAGACCUGCUGGGCCCCACCAUUUCCCUGACCCAGGCUGCCUUCACCCCAAUCCCAGUGGACACCAGCCAGAUUGUGCUGCCUCCCCACUUAGAAAGGAUAAGAGAAAAACUGGCAGAGAAUAUCCAUGAACUCUGGGUUAUGAAUAAGAUUGAACUUGGCUGGCAGUACGGUCCGGUUAGAGAUGACAAUAAGAGACAACACCCGUGUCUGGUGGAAUUCUCCAAGCUACCUGAACAGGAACGCAAUUACAAUUUGCAGAUGUCUCUUGAGACCCUCAAGACUCUGUUGGCACUAGGGUGCCAUGUGGGCCUCUCAGAUGAACACGCUGAAGAAAAGGUGAAGAAAAUGAAACUCCCCAAAAAUUACCAGCUGACAAGUGGCUACAAACCUGCCCCGAUGGACCUGGGCUUCAUAAAACUCACCCCCGCUCAGGAAGCGAUGGUGGACAGGCUGGCGGAGAACGCUCACAACGUCUGGGCCCGGGAUCGGAUCCGGCAGGGCUGGACCUACGGCAUUCAGCAGGAUGUCAAGAAUAGAAGAAACCCUCGUCUUGUUCCCUAUACCCUUUUAGAUGACCGCACCAAGAAGUCAAACAAGGACAGCUUGCGCGAGGCGGUGCGCACGCUGCUGGGGUAUGGAUACAAUCUGGAGGCCCCGGACCAAGACCAUGCAGCCAGAGCAGAGGUGUGCAGCAGCACUGGUGAGAGGUUCCGCAUCUUCCGUGCUGAGAAGACGUAUGCCGUGAAGGCAGGACGGUGGUACUUCGAGUUCGAGGCUGUCACUGCAGGGGACAUGCGGGUCGGCUGGAGCAGGCCGGGCUGCCAGCCCGAUCAGGAGCUGGGCUCGGAUGAGCGCGCAUUUGCUUUUGAUGGCUUCAAGGCUCAGCGGUGGCACCAGGGCAAUGAGCACUAUGGGCGCUCCUGGCAAGCAGGUGAUGUUGUGGGCUGUAUGGUUGACAUGAACGAACACACGAUGAUGUUCACGCUGAACGGUGAAAUCCUUCUUGAUGACUCGGGUUCCGAACUAGCUUUCAAGGACUUUGAUGUUGGUGAUGGAUUCAUACCUGUGUGUAGCUUGGGUGUGGCUCAGGUGGGCAGGAUGAACUUUGGAAAGGAUGUCAGCACCUUGAAGUACUUCACCAUCUGCGGCUUACAAGAGGGCUACGAACCAUUUGCAGUUAACACAAACAGAGAUAUCACCAUGUGGCUCAGCAAGAGGCUUCCUCAGUUCCUUCAAGUUCCAUCAAACCAUGAACAUAUUGAGGUGACCAGAAUAGAUGGGACCAUAGACAGUUCCCCGUGUCUGAAGGUCACUCAGAAGUCCUUUGGUUCUCAGAACAGCAGCACCGACAUCAUGUUUUACCGCCUGAGCAUGCCAAUUGAGUGCGCGGAGGUCUUCUCCAGAACCGUGGCUGGGGGGCUCCCGGGUGCAGGCCUCUUUGGGCCCAAGAAUGACUUGGAGGAUUAUGACGCGGAUUCUGACUUUGAGGUUCUGAUGAAGACAGCUCAUGGCCAUCUGGUGCCUGAUCGCGUUGACAAAGACAAGGAAGCUACAAAGCCAGAGUUUAAUAACCAUAAAGAUUAUGCUCAGGAAAAACCUUCUCGUCUGAAACAGAGAUUUUUACUUAGGAGAACAAAGCCAGAUUAUAGCACAAGCCAUUCUGCAAGACUCACGGAAGAUGUCCUGGCAGAUGAUCGGGAUGACUACGAUUACCUGAUGCAAACCUCCACGUACUAUUACUCAGUGAGAAUCUUUCCCGGCCAAGAACCUGCUAACGUCUGGGUGGGAUGGAUUACAUCUGAUUUCCAUCAGUAUGACACAGGCUUUGACUUGGACAGAGUCCGUACAGUGACUGUAACUCUAGGAGAUGAAAAAGGAAAAGUACACGAAAGCAUCAAACGCAGCAACUGCUAUAUGGUGUGUGCUGGUGAGAGCAUGAGCCCUGGACAAGGACGCAACAAUAACGGGCUGGAGAUCGGCUGUGUGGUGGACGCCGCCAGCGGGCUGCUCACGUUCAUUGCCAAUGGCAAGGAGCUGAGCACUUACUAUCAGGUGGAGCCAAGUACAAAAUUAUUUCCUGCAGUUUUUGCACAAGCCACAAGCCCCAACGUUUUCCAGUUUGAGUUAGGAAGAAUAAAGAAUGUGAUGCCUCUCUCUGCGGGAUUGUUCAAGAGUGAACACAAGAACCCCGUGCCCCAGUGUCCCCCGCGUCUGCACGUGCAGUUCCUGUCACAUGUGCUGUGGAGCAGGAUGCCCAACCAGUUUCUGAAGGUGGAUGUCUCUCGGAUAAGUGAGCGUCAGGGAUGGCUGGUGCAGUGUCUGGACCCUCUGCAGUUCAUGUCCCUGCACAUCCCCGAGGAGAACAGAUCUGUUGACAUCUUAGAGUUGACAGAGCAGGAGGAGUUGCUGAAAUUUCACUAUCACACCCUCCGGCUGUACUCAGCAGUCUGUGCCCUGGGGAACCACCGGGUGGCCCAUGCCCUGUGCAGCCAUGUGGAUGAACCUCAGCUGCUCUAUGCCAUCGAGAACAAGUACAUGCCUGGCUUGCUGCGCUCCGGCUACUAUGAUCUGCUGAUUGAUAUCCAUCUUAGCUCCUAUGCUACUGCCAGGCUCAUGAUGAACAACGAAUUCAUUGUCCCCAUGACUGAGGAAACCAAGAGCAUCACCCUCUUCCCUGAUGAGAACAAGAAGCAUGGGCUCCCUGGCAUCGGCCUCAGUACCUCCCUCAGGCCACGGAUGCAGUUUUCUUCACCGAGCUUUGUAAGCAUCAGUAAUGAAUGCUACCAGUACAGUCCUGAGUUCCCGCUGGACAUCCUCAAGGCCAAGACAAUUCAGAUGCUGACCGAGGCUGUUAAAGAGGGCAGCCUCCACGCACGGGACCCUGUUGGCGGGACCACUGAGUUUCUCUUUGUGCCUCUCAUCAAACUCUUCUAUACCUUGCUGAUCAUGGGCAUCUUUCACAGUGAGGACCUGAAGCACAUCCUGCAGCUGAUUGAGCCCAGUGUGUUUAAGGAAGCUGCUUCUCUGGAGGAGGAGGGUGAUGUGCUGGAGAAAGAGCUUAGUCCUGAAGACCCAAAGCAGGAAGGGACAGGGGAAGAAGAUGCUAAAGGGGCUAAGAGCCCCCAGGAAGGCCUGCUCCAGAUGAAACUGCCCGAGCCAGUUAAACUACAGAUGUGCUUAUUGCUUCAGUACCUCUGUGACUGCCAGGUCCGGCACCGGAUAGAAGCCAUUGUAGCCUUUUCAGAUGACUUUGUAGCUAAGCUCCAAGACAAUCAACGUUUCCGAUACAAUGAAGUCAUGCAAGCCUUAAACAUGUCUGCUGCACUCACAGCCAGGAAAACCAAGGAAUUCAGGUCGCCGCCCCAAGAGCAGAUCAAUAUGCUUCUCAAUUUUAAGGAUGACAAAAGUGAAUGUCCAUGUCCUGAAGAAAUUCGUGACCAACUCUUGGAUUUCCAUGAAGAUUUGAUGACACAUUGUGGGAUUGAGCUUGAUGAAGAUGGGUCUCUGGAUGGUAACAGUGAUUUAACCAUCAGAGGACGCCUGCUGUCCUUGGUGGAAAAGGUGACAUACCUGAAGAAGAAACAAGCAGAAAAGCCAGUUGCAAGUGAUGCCCAGAAAUCCUCCAGUCUCCAGCAGUUGAUUUCUGAGACCAUGGUCCGGUGGGCUCAGGAGUCUGUCAUUGAAGACCCUGAGUUGGUGAGGGCCAUGUUCGUGUUACUGCAUCGACAGUACGAUGGCAUUGGGGGCCUGGUCCGGGCGCUGCCAAAGACCUAUACCAUCAACGGCGUCUCUGUAGAAGACACCAUCAACCUGCUGGCCUCCCUUGGGCAGAUCCGUUCCCUUCUGAGUGUAAGGAUGGGCAAGGAAGAAGAGAAGCUUAUGAUUCGUGGAUUAGGGGACAUCAUGAAUAAUAAAGUGUUUUACCAGCACCCUAAUCUCAUGAGAGCACUUGGGAUGCACGAGACCGUGAUGGAGGUCAUGGUGAAUGUCCUUGGAGGUGGGGAGUCCAAGGAAAUCACCUUUCCCAAGAUGGUGGCCAACUGUUGCCGUUUUCUCUGUUACUUCUGUCGUAUAAGUAGGCAGAAUCAAAAAGCUAUGUUUGAUCAUCUCAGUUAUUUACUGGAAAACAGCAGUGUUGGCCUUGCCUCACCAGCUAUGAGAGGUUCAACACCGCUGGAUGUGGCAGCAGCCUCUGUGAUGGACAAUAACGAACUAGCGCUGGCUUUGCGUGAGCCGGACCUUGAAAAGGUAGUUCGUUAUUUGGCUGGAUGUGGACUGCAGAGUUGCCAGAUGCUGGUGUCCAAGGGUUAUCCAGACAUUGGGUGGAAUCCAGUCGAAGGAGAGAGAUACCUCGACUUUCUUAGAUUUGCUGUCUUUUGUAAUGGGGAGAGUGUGGAAGAAAAUGCAAAUGUUGUGGUGAGAUUGCUCAUCCGCAGGCCUGAGUGCUUUGGUCCUGCUUUGAGAGGGGAAGGUGGCAAUGGUCUCCUGGCAGCGAUGGAAGAAGCCAUAAAAAUAGCUGAGGAUCCAUCCCGAGACGGCCCCUCACCCACUAGCGGAUCGAGUAGAACCCUUGACACUGAGGAGGAGGAAGAUGACACCAUCCAUAUGGGGAAUGCGAUCAUGACCUUUUAUGCGGCCUUGAUUGACCUCCUGGGACGCUGUGCCCCUGAGAUGCAUUUGAUUCAUGCUGGUAAGGGGGAAGCCAUCAGAAUCAGGUCUAUUUUGAGAUCCCUAAUUCCAUUGGGAGAUUUGGUGGGAGUCAUUAGCAUCGCUUUCCAGAUGCCAACAAUAGCCAAAGAUGGGAAUGUGGUGGAACCUGACAUGUCUGCGGGGUUUUGCCCAGAUCACAAGGCAGCCAUGGUUUUGUUCCUUGACAGGGUCUAUGGAGUUGAGGUACAAGAUUUCCUUCUCCAUCUUCUUGAGGUUGGCUUUCUGCCAGAUCUCCGAGCUGCUGCUUCUCUAGACACGGCUGCUCUGAGUGCUACAGACAUGGCUUUGGCCCUCAACCGGUACCUUUGCACAGCUGUCCUGCCUUUGUUGACGCGAUGUGCUCCUCUCUUUGCUGGCACGGAGCACCAUGCCUCCCUCAUUGACUCCUUACUUCACACUGUGUACAGACUUUCUAAGGGCUGCUCGCUCACCAAAGCCCAACGGGAUUCCAUAGAAGUGUGUUUACUCUCCAUCUGUGGCCAACUGAGACCCUCCAUGAUGCAGCAUUUGCUCAGACGGCUAGUAUUUGAUGUUCCAUUGCUGAAUGAACACACAAAGAUGCCCCUUAAGCUGCUGACGAAUCACUAUGAAAGAUGCUGGAAAUACUACUGCUUGCCUGGAGGGUGGGGCAACUUUGGUGCUGCCUCUGAGGAAGAACUUCAUUUAUCAAGAAAACUGUUCUGGGGCAUUUUUGAUGCCCUGUCUCAAAAGAAAUAUGAACAAGAACUUUUCAAACUGGCACUACCCUGUCUGAGUGCAGUGGCGGGAGCUUUGCCCCCAGACUACAUGGAGUCCAAUUAUGUCAGUAUGAUGGAAAAACAGUCCUCCAUGGAUUCUGAAGGGAACUUUAACCCACAACCUGUUGAUACCUCAAACAUUACAAUUCCCGAGAAGUUGGAAUACUUCAUUAACAAAUACGCCGAGCAUUCUCAUGACAAAUGGUCAAUGGACAAGUUGGCAAAUGGAUGGAUUUAUGGAGAAAUAUAUUCAGAUUCUUCUAAGAUUCAGCCACUAAUGAAGCCAUAUAAGUUAUUAUCUGAAAAGGAAAAAGAAAUUUAUCGCUGGCCAAUUAAAGAAUCGUUAAAAACUAUGCUGGCUUGGGGUUGGAGAAUUGAAAGAACUAGGGAAGGAGACAGCAUGGCUCUUUAUAACCGAACUCGUCGUAUUUCGCAGACAAGCCAGGUUUCAGUGGAUGCUGCCCAUGGGUACAGCCCCCGAGCCAUUGACAUGAGUAAUGUUACACUAUCUAGAGACCUGCAUGCUAUGGCAGAAAUGAUGGCUGAAAACUACCAUAAUAUAUGGGCAAAGAAAAAGAAAUUGGAGUUGGAAUCCAAAGGAGGUGGAAAUCAUCCCCUGCUGGUGCCCUAUGACACGCUGACAGCCAAAGAGAAAGCCAAGGACAGGGAAAAGGCACAGGACAUCCUCAAGUUCCUGCAGAUAAAUGGAUACAUGGUAUCCAGAGGAUUCAAGGACCUGGAAUUGGACACACCUUCCAUUGAGAAACGAUUUGCAUACAGUUUCCUCCAACAGCUCAUCCGCUAUGUGGAUGAGGCCCAUCAGUAUAUCCUGGAGUUUGAUGGUGGCAGCAGAAGCAAAGGACAGCAUUUCCCUUACGAACAAGAAAUCAAGUUCUUUGCCAAAGUUGUUCUUCCUUUAAUUGAUCAGUAUUUCAAAAACCAUCGUUUAUACUUCUUAUCUGCAGCAAGCAGACCUCUCUGCUCUGGAGGACAUGCAUCAAACAAAGAGAAAGAGAUGGUGACUAGCCUAUUCUGCAAACUUGGAGUUCUUGUCAGGCAUAGGAUUUCACUGUUUGGAAAUGAUGCAACCUCCAUUGUCAACUGUCUUCAUAUUUUGGGUCAGACCUUGGAUGCAAGGACUGUGAUGAAGACGGGGCUGGAUCGUGUGAAAAGCGCACUCCGAGCUUUUCUGGACAACGCUGCAGAAGAUUUGGAGAAGACUAUGGAAAACCUGAAGCAGGGCCAGUUCACCCACACGCGAAACCAACCCAGGGGGGUCACUCAGAUUAUCAAUUACACUACGGUGGCGCUGUUGCCAAUGCUGUCCUCUUUGUUUGAACAUAUUGGCCAGCACCAGUUUGGAGAAGAUCUAAUAUUGGAAGAUGUACAAGUGUCUUGUUAUAGAAUUCUGACUAGCUUAUAUGCUUUGGGAACCAGCAAGAGUAUUUAUGUGGAGAGGCAACGCUCCGCAUUAGGAGAAUGUCUGGCUGCCUUUGCUGGUGCCUUUCCUGUGGCAUUUUUGGAAACUCAUCUCGACAAACAUAAUGUUCACUCCAUCUACAAUACUAAGUCUUCACGAGAGAGAGCAGCUCUCAACCUGCCUCCGAAUGUGGAGGACAUGUGCCCAAAUAUACCGUCUUUGGAGAAGCUCAUGGAGGAAAUCGUGGAGCUGGCCGAGUCUGGGAUCCGUUACACACAGAUGCCACACGUCAUGGAGGUCGUGUUGCCCAUGCUGUGCAGCUACCUGUCUAGAUGGUGGGAACAUGGGCCUGAGAACAAUCCCGAGCGCUCCGAGAUGUGCUGCACAGCCCUGAACUCGGAGCACAUGAACACCCUCCUGGGGAACAUCCUGAAGAUCAUAUACAACAACUUGGGGAUCGAUGAGGGAGCCUGGAUGAAGCGUCUGGCAGUGUUUUCCCAGCCUAUCAUCAAUAAAGUGAAACCUCAGCUCUUGAAAACUCAUUUUUUGCCUUUAAUGGAGAAACUCAAGAAAAAAGCAGCCAUGGUGGUAGCUGAGGAAGACCACCUCAAAGCUGAAGCCAGAGGGGACAUGUCUGAGGCUGAGCUGCUCAUUCUAGAUGAGUUCACCACAUUAGCCAGAGAUCUGUAUGCCUUCUACCCUCUCUUGAUUCGAUUCGUGGACUAUAACAGGGCAAAGUGGCUGAAGGAACCGAAUCCCGAAGCUGAGGAACUGUUCCGGAUGGUGGCUGAAGUCUUUAUCUACUGGUCAAAAUCUCAUAAUUUCAAAAGAGAAGAGCAGAACUUUGUUGUGCAGAAUGAAAUCAACAAUAUGUCUUUCCUUAUCACUGAUACCAAGUCAAAGAUGUCCAAGGCAGCUGUCUCUGAUCAGGAAAGGAAGAAAAUGAAGCGCAAAGGAGACCGGUAUUCUAUGCAGACUUCUCUGAUCGUAGCUGCGCUAAAGAGGUUACUGCCCAUUGGGCUGAACAUCUGUGCCCCCGGGGACCAGGAGCUCAUCGCUCUGGCCAAAAAUCGAUUUAGUCUGAAAGACACUGAGGAUGAAGUUCGAGAUAUAAUCCGCAGUAAUAUUCAUUUACAAGGCAAGUUGGAGGAUCCUGCUAUUCGAUGGCAAAUGGCCCUUUACAAAGACUUGCCAAACAGGACAGAAGAUACCUCAGACCCAGAAAGGACAGUAGAAAGAGUACUGGAUAUAGCAAAUGUGCUUUUUCAUCUUGAGCAGAAAUCUAAAUGUAUUGGCCGGAGAUAUUACAGUCUGGUGGAGCAUCCUCAGAGGUCUAAAAAGGCGGUGUGGCAUAAACUGCUCUCCAAGCAGAGGAAGAGGGCCGUAGUAGCCUGCUUCCGAAUGGCUCCCUUGUACAAUCUGCCAAGGCACCGGGCCGUCAAUCUCUUUCUUCAGGGAUAUGAAAAAUCCUGGAUUGAAACAGAAGAACAUUAUUUCGAAGAUAAACUGAUCGAAGACUUGGCAAAACCUGGGGCCGAACCUCAAGAAGAAGAUGAAGCCAGUAAGAGAGUUGAUCCUCUGCACCAGCUGAUCCUCCUGUUUAGUCGCACGGCUUUAACCGAGAAAUGCAAACUGGAGGAAGAUUUUUUAUAUAUGGCCUAUGCAGAUAUUAUGGCAAAAAGUUGUCAUGAGGAAGAGGAUGAUGAUAGUGAAGAAGAAGUGAAGAGCUUCGAAGUCACAGGAUCCCAACGCAGCAAGGAAAAAGAAAUGGAAAAGCAAAAGCUUCUGUACCAGCAAGCCAGGCUGCAUGACCGAGGGGCUGCGGAGAUGGUGCUGCAGACCAUCAGCGCCAGCAAAGGUGAAACUGGACCAAUGGUAGCUGCUACUUUGAAACUUGGAAUUGCUAUUUUAAAUGGUGGAAAUUCUACAGUACAGCAGAAAAUGCUUGAUUACCUCAAGGAGAAGAAGGAUGUGGGUUUCUUCCAGAGCCUGGCUGGCCUGAUGCAGUCCUGCAGUGUCCUUGACCUAAAUGCAUUUGAGCGGCAGAACAAAGCUGAAGGACUUGGGAUGGUGACAGAGGAAGGAUCAGCCUCUCACUUUGAAAGUCACAGACUGCGGACUGGAGAGAAGGUUUUGCAGGAUGAUGAGUUCACCUGUGACCUCUUCCGGUUCCUGCAGCUGCUCUGUGAGGGUCACAACUCAGAUUUUCAAAAUUAUCUGAGAACUCAGACUGGCAAUAACAUGACGGUCAAUAUCAUCAUCUCUACUGUGGACUACCUGCUGAGAGUGCAGGAAUCAAUUAGUGAUUUCUAUUGGUACUACUCUGGGAAAGAUGUUAUUGAUGAACAAGGACAGCGGAACUUCUCCAAAGCUAUCCAAGUAGCAAAACAAGUCUUUAACACUCUUACGGAGUAUAUUCAGGGUCCUUGCACUGGGAAUCAGCAAAGUUUGGCACACAGCAGGUUGUGGGAUGCAGUGGUGGGCUUUCUCCAUGUGUUUGCCCACAUGCAAAUGAAGCUGUCCCAGGAUUCCAGUCAAAUUGAGCUAUUAAAAGAAUUAAUGGAUCUUCAGAAGGAUAUGGUGGUCAUGUUGCUGUCCAUGCUAGAAGGUAAUGUCGUGAAUGGAACAAUUGGCAAACAGAUGGUCGAUAUGCUUGUAGAAUCUUCCAACAAUGUGGAGAUGAUUCUCAAAUUUUUUGACAUGUUCUUAAAACUUAAGGACUUGACCUCUUCUGACACAUUCAAAGAGUAUGACCCAGAUGGCAAGGGAGUCAUUUCCAAGAGGGACUUCCAUAAAGCCAUGGAGAGCCACAAGCACUACACACAGUCAGAAACUGAGUUUCUCUUGUCUUGUGCCGAGACUGAUGAAAAUGAGACCCUGGAUUAUGAAGAGUUUGUCAAACGGUUCCACGAGCCUGCCAAGGAUAUCGGCUUCAAUGUUGCGGUCCUGCUGACAAACCUCUCUGAGCACAUGCCCAAUGACACCCGCCUGCAGACGUUCCUAGAGCUGGCGGAGAGCGUGCUCAAUUAUUUCCAGCCCUUCCUGGGCCGCAUCGAGAUCAUGGGAAGUGCCAAGCGCAUUGAGAGGGUGUAUUUUGAGAUCAGUGAAUCCAGUCGGACUCAGUGGGAGAAGCCGCAGGUCAAGGAGUCCAAGAGGCAGUUCAUAUUCGACGUGGUCAAUGAGGGCGGGGAGAAAGAGAAGAUGGAGCUCUUCGUGAACUUCUGCGAGGACACCAUCUUUGAGAUGCAGCUGGCUGCUCAGAUCUCAGAGUCAGACCUGAACGAGAGGUCAGCGAAUAAAGAGGAGAGUGAGAAGGAGCGGCCUGAAGAGCAGGGGCCCCGAAUGGGCUUCUUCUCUAUGCUGACCGUCAGGUCAGCCCUGCUUGCCCUCAGGUACAACGUCCUGACCCUCAUGCGGAUGCUGAGUCUGAAGAGCUUGAAGAAGCAGAUGAAGAAGGUGAAGAAGAUGACCGUGAAGGACAUGGUCAUGGCUUUCUUCUCCUCCUACUGGAGUGUUUUUGUGACUCUCUUGCACUUUGUGGCCAGUGUCUGCAGAGGUUUUUUCCGCAUUGUUUGUAGCCUGCUGCUGGGGGGAAGCCUUGUAGAGGGCGCUAAAAAGAUCAAAGUGGCAGAACUUCUGGCCAACAUGCCAGACCCCACUCAGGAUGAGGUGCGUGGGGAUGGAGAGGAGGGAGAGAGGAAGCCCGUAGAAACUGCCCUGCCCUCUGAAGACCUCACUGAUCUGAAGGAUCUGACGGAAGAAAGCGACCUUCUCUCGGACAUAUUUGGCUUGGACCUGAAGAGGGAGGGAGGACAGUACAAGCUCAUCCCUCAUAAUCCCAAUGCCGGCCUUGGUGACCUGAUGGCCAACCCCGUCCCCAUCCCAGAGGUGCAAGAAAAGUAUCAGGAACAGAAACCAAAAGAAGAAGAAAAGGAAGAAAAAGAGGAAACCAAAUCUGAACCCGAAAAGGCUGAGGGAGAAGAUGGAGAAAAAGAAGAGAAAGCCAAGGAAGACAAGGGUAAACAGAAGCUGAGGCAGCUUCACACACACAGAUAUGGAGAACCUGAAGUUCCUGAAUCAGCCUUCUGGAAGAAAAUCAUUGCAUAUCAACAGAAACUCCUGAACUAUUUUGCUCGCAACUUUUACAACAUGAGAAUGUUGGCCUUAUUUGUCGCAUUUGCAAUCAAUUUCAUCUUGCUCUUUUAUAAGGUCUCCACUUCUUCUGUGGUUGAAGGAAAGGAGCUGCCCACCCGAAGCUCCAGUGAAAGUGCCAAGGUGACCACCAGCCUGGACAGCAGCUCGCAUAGAAUCAUUGCAGUUCACUACGUGCUGGAGGAGAGCAGUGGCUACAUGGAGCCCACCUUGCGUAUCCUAGCUAUUCUCCACACUGUCAUUUCCUUCUUCUGCAUCAUUGGCUACUACUGCUUGAAAGUCCCAUUGGUUAUUUUCAAGCGAGAAAAGGAAGUAGCACGCAAAUUGGAAUUUGAUGGGCUUUACAUUACAGAGCAGCCUUCAGACGACGAUAUUAAAGGCCAGUGGGACCGACUCGUAAUCAACACACAGUCGUUUCCCAACAACUACUGGGAUAAAUUUGUUAAAAGAAAGGUGAUGGAUAAAUAUGGGGAGUUCUAUGGCCGAGACAGAAUCAGUGAGUUGCUGGGCAUGGACAAAGCCGCGUUGGACUUCAGCGAUGCCAGAGAGAAGAAGAAACCCAAGAAAGACAGCUCCCUGUCGGCUGUACUGAACUCCAUCGAUGUGAAGUAUCAGAUGUGGAAACUAGGAGUCGUUUUCACUGACAAUUCCUUCCUCUACCUAGCCUGGUACAUGACUAUGUCCGUUCUGGGACACUAUAACAACUUCUUUUUUGCUGCUCAUCUUCUUGACAUUGCUAUGGGAUUCAAGACAUUAAGAACCAUCUUGUCUUCAGUAACUCACAAUGGUAAACAGCUCGUGUUAACUGUUGGGUUGCUGGCUGUCGUCGUGUACCUCUACACGGUUGUGGCGUUCAAUUUUUUCCGAAAAUUCUACAACAAAAGUGAAGAUGGCGAUGCGCCCGAUAUGAAGUGUGACGAUAUGCUCACGUGCUAUAUGUUCCACAUGUACGUGGGGGUACGAGCUGGAGGGGGCAUCGGCGAUGAAAUCGAAGACCCCGCUGGAGAUGAGUAUGAGAUCUACCGGAUCAUCUUUGACAUCACCUUCUUCUUCUUCGUGAUCGUCAUCCUCCUGGCCAUCAUACAAGGUUUAAUUAUUGAUGCUUUUGGAGAGCUAAGAGACCAACAGGAACAAGUCAAGGAAGAUAUGGAGACCAAAUGCUUCAUCUGUGGGAUAGGCAACGAUUACUUUGACACAGUGCCACAUGGUUUCGAAACCCACACUUUGCAGGAGCAUAACCUGGCAAAUUACCUAUUUUUUCUGAUGUACCUCAUCAACAAAGAUGAAACAGAACACACAGGACAGGAAUCCUAUGUCUGGAAAAUGUACCAAGAAAGAUGCUGGGAAUUCUUUCCGGCAGGAGAUUGUUUCCGGAAACAGUAUGAAGACCAGCUAAAUUAAACUCAUACCCGUAUGACCUCUAAAAACCAAAACUGACUCUCUCCCCAUCUCUCCCUCUUUACCUUCUCCCCGCUCCCCGUCUCUCUGUCCGUCUCCCACCUCAGCCCCUCUGCUCUCAGAAACAUCUGGCCGAUCGUAUGGAUUGCCAGCCUCCUGUGCUUCUGGGAGCAUCGGAAUGAAAACUGUGAAGUCCUGACUGUUUUGACCUGACUGUUUCCCCCCACCUCUUGUAUUUUCUUUGAGAAAUAAAGACGGAAGAAUAAUCUAACUUCGUACACAAGCAAAAUGGGAGCUCUGGGAAGAAAACCGUUGCAGGUACUCUCUGGCAUACCACACGUGGACAGUUUCUUCUGAGGGUCCUGGAGAUCUCCCUGAGCCGAGGGACCUUCACCUCGAAGAGCGGCAGCCACACUCGCUCGGUUUCUUUAUUUCGCCAUCCCAAAAGGAACUGUCUAAGGGUCACGGAGCACGCUAGCACUUAAAAGAUUGCUGUGGACACCAGUCAUGAAAGGAAAUAGUGCCUUACUAUAUGUGGGUUGAGCUAUGCAGAAGAUACGUGCAUGAAAAUACAUCUUUAUUUUCUUUAUGUCCACCUAUUUUUCCUUAGUAGAUUGAUUUUGUGAGUUUUUUCCUUUAUUGGUGGGGGAGGGUAAGAAAAGCCGUUUGUUCGCACCUUUUUUUCGAAGAUGGGUGUUGUGUCUCAGGAGGGAAGGAGGCCCUUCUUAUUCAGUUAUCCAGAUUUACCUUCCCCUUCUACUCCUGCUCUUACUUUGGUGACGCUCUGAUGCAACAGUGCAACUGUAUGAAAUCUUUGUAUGAAAACACAAAGACUGCAAAACAACAACAACAACAACACACUUUCAAAAGAAAUAACUCAUUGCAUGUUGAUUAUGCAAGUUUAAUUGAACCAAGAAAACCUUCAGAAGCAAGUUGACCAACAUGAAAGACCUUCCAUGAUAAUUGUACUCAUAGUAAAAAAGUGUUGUGGGCUUAACUGUAUAUGUGGAGCCAGUGUCAUCCGCCAACAACGUGGUACAUUCUGAACUUGACAGUAGUGUCGGGCUCCCUCUUUCUUUCGGCCAUCUGUGAUCAGGUGUUGAUUCAGAACUUUGCAUCAGGCCAUUUUUGGGUAUCAAAGCUGAAGCAAUAUCCAUUCAGGGAUUUCAUCAGGCUCAUCACAAGACAUGGAUGAUAGUAUCAGUCACUCCCCCCCCCUUUUUUUUUUCCAUUUUGAGUCCUUUUAAGUGUAAUGCUAAUCUUUACAAUUAAAAAGACAGAUUCAGAAUGGAAGCAAGAUCAUUUUGCAAACAUUGGAGCUCUUUUAUUACAAGUCUGC